UCAUCAAACCCUAACCCUAUAUCCUCUACUCUUCCACAUUUCAAAUCUGUUUCCCCUCCAGACCUCUUUUUUUCUUCUUCUGAUCCACUUCGAUGGGCAGCAGCACAUCGAAGUCGGAUCAAGAGAACCAGCUGAUGCCUACCCAACUCCUGCCGUUUCGCGAGAAAUUCGAGGAGAUGAAGAAAAGACGUAGGGUGAGACACGCUAGCAUUGUAUCUACGACGGAGCUAUUAUCUUCAAAUGAUCAGGAUGGGGUCGAUGAUGACUCCGUGAGGAGAGCGGUUGAAGAGAUAGUGAUCGUAGUUGAAGAGAAGAAGAAAGAGAAAGAGAAUAUGAAAGGAAGGAUGUUUAGAAGACAAGACAGUGAGGAGGAGGAAAUGGUUGGGUCACCAAGUUUUCGAGUUUAUUGCACGGCGCCGCUAGCUGCAAAGGAUUCUGAUGAUGAUUCGAUCAAGGUGAUCCAAAAGAUUAAAGAAGAGAAGCUUGCUCAAGUGAAAGAGGAGAAAGAGAAGCUUGCUCAAGAAAAAGAGGAGAAAGAAAGAGUACAAACUCAUGAAAAAGAGAACAGUGGCAAUUCAUUGAUCUCAAGGGAGGGUUCAGAGGACAAAUCACAGAAGAAGGACAUGGGAAGGAUGUUCAGGGCCUUGAGUAAAGCCCCUAUCCGCAUGUACAGUUUUCUCUCCGUCAAGACUUGCUAUUGUAGCGCAGAAAACACAGCCGACGGCAGUCCUCAUCCGGGCCAUCAGGAUCGAGGAUCGUCCGGUUAAUUCGAACCCCUUUGAUUCUCCUGACUAUUUGUUGUGGAAGCAGGCCAACAAUUUUCUCAGAAAAACAAGGGAGAUUACUUAGGCGGAUGGAGCUAGCAUUAUCCUUCGUGCAACGAUUUUAUUGUAGACAAGGGCUGGGGGCGCUCUUUUUGUAUUUUAUUGUGAAAAUUCUGAUUGAAUUUGACUAAGAGCAACUCCAAUGGUACUCCAUUCCUCUAUAAAUGGAGUACCAUUGGCUCCAAUGGUGCAACUGUAGCACCCUCUAUAUUAAGAUGGUGCUAUAGUAACCAACUAUAUUUUAAGGGUUUGGGAUAAUAUAGAGGGAUCCCUCAAUAAUACUAUUCAUAGAUUUUAAUUCCAA